GACACUGCACUCCAGCCUGGGUGACAGAGCAAGACUCCAUCUCAAAAAAUAAAAAGUAAAUUAAAAAAAUUAAAAAAAAGAAAGAAAGAAAAAGAAAAAUUGAUUAUGAAGAGUUCUUGGAAAAUAAGUCUCCAAACCCACUUACAGUCACAGAUAAUAAUUGGGCGUACAGGUGUAGGUCUUUUCAGUCAAUUUUUUCUAUGCAUUUUAUCGUUGUUUAAGUGGCUUUUAUGCCAUUCGAGUCACAUUGGACAGGCGGUUUUGAGCCCUACGUGAUUAUGUAAUGGGUGUUUCCCCCUGUCAUUUGAAUGACUGGUGGGUGUCUUUAUCAGUGUGUGGUUUUCUGCCGCAUGAAGAUUGUGGUUCAUGGACCUGUCUCUGCUGUCAUGCGUUGAAGAGGUUUCCAUUCAUUCACACACUGGCGUGUGUCUGACCCGCCACCCAACCUGCAUGGGCAGAGGAGGUCUCUUUGCCUGGGGUUGGGGUGGGGGUGUCCCUCUAGUUGUCCCUCUAGUGGGCGAGACAGGGUCUGCUGGACUGAGUGAGGGGCCGCCCUGAAUUCCUCGGUUUGAAUUUCAGGAAGUGGCAUGACUUGGUCUAACUGAAGGUUUAUUUGAUACAACCUUGGUACACAUGCUUUCCAGAAGUGUAAUACUGGCUUCCCCUUUUAUUUUUGUAUUGUAUUUAAAAAAUAUAAAUUCUAAAAUAAGUGUUUCUGAUAAAACAUUCGAUAAUUCACAGAGGUGAAAAACUACCCCACAAUCCCUUUCUGCUUGAAUUCCAUGCUCUGGAGAGGACCUCGUGAAGGUCCAGGCACAGCUCUGCCCCCAGCACCCCUCUUCUCUCUGCUGCUUCCACACUGAAAGGUGGAGGCUCUGCUGCCUGUUUUCCUUUGUUGCUCCCCAUUUUAACUAAACACUAAAGAAGGUCAAGUGUGAAUGUUACGGUCAUUCAUUUUGCCUGUGCUGCACUUUCCUGCCCCUGGCAAGCCCUCCACCGGCACUGACGUGAGGGUGCUUCCUUCAGCUUUCUUGGUUGUCUCACUGGAACAGGGUCAGCCUCAUUCUGUCCCAUCCUGCCCCCUGCCUGGUCUGUAGCUACGUGGUGCCAGGAGUGAGCUCUGCUCUGCUUCAGGAUGACAGGUGUGUGUGGACGUUAGUAAGCCCUGUUGGAAAUGGCGAAGCUCUGAGGACAGCUGAGCGACCGCCGGUGCCUGCCGCGUGCAGACCCUCUGGGCCCAGGCCGCUGGGAGGCUUCUCCAGAGGGCAGGUUCCCCACCCUCACACCUCACUGGUCUUAAAGGACAGAAUUGCAUUAGAGGUGAAACUGGGGCCGUGUGGACAGAGUGGAAAAUGAGCUGGCCUUGUCACUUAUAUUUUACACAUGUCUUUUUUUCUUUGUUUUCCCCUUACCUUAAAGUUCAGACCUUUGGGCUCUUGGAUGCAUAAUAUACCAGCUUGUGGCAGGACUCCCACCAUUCCGAGCUGGAAACGAGUAUCUUAUAUUUCAGAAGAUCAUUAAGUUGGAAUAUGACUUUCCAGAAAAAUUCUUCCCUAAGGCAAGAGACCUCGUGGAGAAACUUUUGGUUUUAGAUGCCACAAAGCGGUUAGGCUGUGAGGAAAUGCAAGGGUACGGACCUCUUAAAGCACACCCAUUCUUUGAGUCUGUCACGUGGGAGAACCUGCACCAGCAGACGCCUCCGAAGCUCACCGCUUACCUGCCGGCCAUGUCGGAAGACGACGAGGACUGCUAUGGCAAUUAUGACAAUCUCCUGAGCCAGUUUGGCUGCAUGCAGGUGUCCUCGUCCUCCUCCUCACACUCCUUGUCAGCCUCGGACGUGGGCCUGCCCCAGAGGUCAGGCAGCAACAUAGAGCAGUACAUCCACGAUCUGGACUCGAACUCCUUUGAACUGGACUUACAGUUUUCGGAAGAUGAGAAGAGGUUGUUAUUGGAGAAGCAGGCUGGCGGAAACCCUUGGCACCAGUUUGUAGAAAAUAAUUUAAUACUAAAGAUGGGCCCGGUGGAUAAGCGGAAGGGUUUAUUCGCACGACGACGACAGUUGUUGCUCACAGAAGGACCACAUUUAUAUUACGUGGAUCCUGUCAACAAAGUCCUGAAAGGUGAAAUUCCUUGGUCACAAGAACUUCGACCAGAGGCCAAGAAUUUUAAAACGUUCUUUGUCCACACGCCUAACAGGACGUAUUAUCUGAUGGACCCCAGUGGGAACGCACACAAGUGGUGCAGGAAGAUACAGGAGGUUUGGAGGCAGCGAUACCAGAGCCACCCAGACGCCGCUGUGCAGUGACGUGGCCUGCGGCCGGGCUGCCUUCGCUGCCAGGACACCUGCCCCAGCGCGGCUUGGCCGCCAUCCGGGACGCUUCCAGACCACCUGCCAGCCAUCACAAGGGGAACGCAGAGGCGGAAACCUUGUAGCAUUUUUAUUUAAAAGAAAA